CGCGCAGUCAGGAUUCAGCUCGGUUCAUACUCCACCUUUAUCCCGGAUUCAAGCUCCACAACGGCACACUGGGAGGAAAAACCCGCUGAUAAUUUAGACCCAAGUUUCUUGCAUCUACUUUUCUUUCAAGGACUGAAGGAAAUCUCGCGAUGGCUGACGGAGGGGAAUGUGACUUCUCCCUGAUGAGUCUGGAGGAUGAGCUGACCUGCAGCAUCUGUCUCAGUACCUUCGACUGUCCGGUCACCAUCCCCUGCGGACACAACUUCUGCCAGGACUGCCUGCUGGCCACCUGGAAGGAUUCCUACACCUGUCCCCAGUGCAGGACCGUGUUCGCCACCAAGCCGGAGCUGAAGAAAAACACGGUCCUCAGCACCGUGGUCCAGACCUUUAACCUGAGGUCCAACAAGAGCCCCGCCGCCGGUCCGCUUGUGGAGGAGACCCAGCCCCGGGAGAAGGAUGUGAUCCGCUGCGACAACUGCAUGGAGGCGGAGGCGGCGCAGACCUGCCUCACCUGCAUGGCCUCUUUCUGCGAGCAGCACCUGCGGCCGCACCGGGACAACCCCAUCUUCCGGGUCCACCAGCUGAGCCCGCCCAUCGGGGACCUGAUGGAGCGCAUCUGCUCCGACCACCACAAGCUGAUGGAGCACUUCUGCACCCAGCACGACCGCAUGAUCUGCAGCCAAUGCCUCCAGCAGGUCCACAAAGGAUGCUCCUUCACCUCCCCGGAGGCCCACAGGGCCACCAAAGAAACUGACCUGAAAUCCAAGAUGGGUAUGCUGGAUGGAAAGAUAGCCAAGAAUACCAACAUUAUUUCUCAAAUGACCGACGUGCAGGACAAGCUGAAGUCUUCUGCCGCCAUCAGGAAGAAAGCUCUGGCAGCCGAGUAUCAGCAGAUGAGGGACAUGUUGGCCAGAGAGGAGCAUGAUGCUCUGACUGCAGUGGACCGAGAGGUGGUGACCGGCGACACCAAACUCAGAGGUCUCAUCAAGAAGUUCACGGAGAACAUUACCAACAUGACCAAAGCUAAAGACGAUAUCCGCAAUCUGCUGAGUUGUUCCCAGACCGCAGCCUUCCUGCAGACGUCGUUCAACGUUCCCCAAGCUGCAACCUUUGAACCCUACUGUCCUCGGGUCAGUCUGGACUCCAAGAAAGUGUUGGCAACAGAGGCCUUUGCUGCUGAGCUGAAGAAGACGCUGGCAGAGUACUUUGAGCAGCCGGUCGAGGCCAGACUGCCCCUGCACAAACCACCCACGCCCACUUACACUCCCACUUACAAUCCCGCCACUUACACUCCCACUUACAAUCCCACUUUUGCACCUGGUCAAAUGGCAGGUUUUAACCCACAUUUUAUACCUUUAAUCCCAAAAAUAAAUGAGCAAGCCCCUAUCAAAUUACCCAGGUCCCACAGUCCCGGUCCUGCCCAGAAGGCAGUCCAAAAGAAGAAACCUCAGAAAACCAAAAAGGCCCCUGAAGACAGUUUGGGGAAUAAGAGUCUGGCCAAGUCCAUGGAGUCCCUCCUUGAGUUUGGUGACAAAGACAAACCCAGAGGACGUCCUCCAAAGACUGAAGGCAAAGAAACGACAGAGACUUCAGAAAUGACCAAAGACAUAAGUUCUGCUGAGAAAAGAAGUGAGCUUAUGAAGUUUGGCACGGUGCUCACCUUUGAUCCGAGAACAGCCCACAAACGCAUCGCGCUAACCGAGGACUUCACCAAGGCCUCCGUGUCAGACGAGCACACGAACUACGCCGACUGCCACCAGCGCUUUUCCGUGUGCUCCCAAGUGCUGGGCUCCAAGGGCUUCUCCAGGGGACGCCAUUACUGGGAGGUCCGAAUGAGCAGCAACAACUUCAUGGGGAUCGGCUUGGCCUACAACAGCAUCGACCGCAAAGGCCCGUCCAGCCGACUGGGCCGCAACGCUCUGUCCUGGUGCGUCGAGUGGUUCAAUGUGAAGCUGUCCGCCUGGCACAACAGCACUGAGACGGUGCUGAAUAACCCUGAUCCGAAGCGCGUAGGCGUCCUGCUGGACUGUGAGGAGGGGAAGGUUACGUUCUUCAACGUGGCAGACAGGGCAUAUCCCUUCUACUCCUUCCCCUUCUCCUUCGUCGAGGCCGUCUAUCCGGCCUUCUGGAUUUUCUCCAGUGGCUCCUACGUUUCUCUGUGCAAGCUGCAGUAGCCUGCGCUCGCAUAAUUAGCCAUGCAAACAUGCAUGCACAUGAAGUCAGUCUUUUUGUCCCUUGUUGAUCAUUUUGGUAAUAUUGCUUGAACGUUUGACGUAACAAAAUUGAAAUCAUACACGUUCGCAGUCCAGAGUAAGAGGCCAUUUAAUCCACACAGACCAGUGGAGAGCAAUUUAAAAAAGAAAACAAAACAAUAUUGUGUCUGUGUCUGAAAAACAGUUCAAAAGAUAAAAUGUAAAUGUCAAAUUUGAAGGGGUUUUCACCGUCAGCUAGCACUGUUUCAGUUGAAAGUUGUAAAAAAACAAGUCAAACACAGACUAACCCCACUGUAAAGCGUUGUGCAUGUUUCUUUUUAUUUGGUUUAAUUUUAUACUUGACAGCCAAUUUCAAAGACGGCCCUUGGUCCCAUCUGCUGCAGAAGCUGUGUAAUAACACACAGCAAGGUAGUAAUUACUGUUUCACUCAAAUGAUUUAAUCUUAUUUAGGAUUGCUUUGCCACCUUUGGACUAAUUUAGCAGCUCUUUCUGAAAGACGUGAUUGACACCUGCAAAGCUGCAAACAGCUGUCUCUGUUUCAUAUAAAACAAGAUUACAUUAAGAUUACAUACAUUUAUAUACAUACAUACAUAUUACACAUUCAGUAUAUCUCUAAAUAAUUCUUUUUCGGGUCUUUUUUGUGUUUCUUUGCAUGUGGGAGGAAACUG